AGCGCACAGCAGAGACCGCCCGAGCGCGGCUUUCCCUGGCCAGGUCUGCUUACUGCCCCGGGUCAUUUUAACUGUGUGUCCGAGGGCGAUCUCGGAGCGCGCUUUUGGACAAGCUCUGCCUGCCGUGUCGAAGGGUGCAGACAGAAACCGUGCUCCUCUGGAAGGGGGCUGGCCUGUCAGCUUUCUGUCAGCAGCUGACCUCCAGAACUGGUGCUUCUCAGCUUGCAGGUGAAAACGCCUCCCUACAGGGAGGGGUCUGCCCCAGCCCCUGAGCACUGGUAACGCCAGGACUCCCUCUUUUGCAGGAAGAAGAUCACCCAGAAGAGGAGCGGGCUCUUUAUGAUCCUGUGCCUCAUCUUCGUAGCCGCUCUCGCUGGGGCCUACUGCGGGACCUCGCUGCCCGUGAGGGUGCUGUGGGCAGAGAAGGUGCCACAGGUGCUGCUGGAGCAGCCUGUGGGCGAGCUGAAGGCCAUGUGGAACGCGGUUGCUCUGCUGGAGGAACAAGCCCAGGAGGUGCAAGAGCUGAGGAAGGAGAUGGCGUGCCUGGUUGCACAGAUGAGCCGUGUGAAGAAGGAACUUGAGGACAUGAGAACGGCAAUGUCUGCGAUGCCUUUGGAAGAGAACGUCCCGGUGUCUGCCUGGGCUCUGAAAAGCACAGGGGUCACCAUCGACCUGCAGAGAUCACCCAGGAGCUAUGCAUGGCCCUGCCGCGUGUUCCGGUUCCUUUGUGAUCUGAACCGUCCGAAUACUUUUGUGCAGCUGGACGUUUCCCCGGGAUACUGCUGGCCUUUCCAAACGUCUCGGAGCCAGCUGGUCAUUAGGUUGCCCGCACGAGUCCAACCAACCGCGAUCACUGUGCAGCACCCCUUGAAGAAGUCCUCUGCGCUCGGGGACAUCAGCAGCGCCCCCCGAGAUUUCACCGUCUCUGGAGCGGAUGAGGAAGGAGAAGAGGGAACUCUGCUCGGGACGUUCAGCUACGACAUAGAGAAAGAGCCGACCCAGACCUUCCCUCUGCAGAAUGAGCUUCCCAGAGCCUUUCGGUUUAUCAGGCUUGUCGUACGGAGCACCUGGGGAAAGUCAGGCUACACCUGCAUUUCUCGAGUGCAGGUUCAUGGGAAUACAAUGGGAAAGAACGCCAUCGGCCAGGCAUGAGACGACCUUCUACUGUAAAAAUAAAAAAUGAAAAAACCGAGAAGAAAUCCCCGGAGCAGAGGACUGCGGCUGUUAGUCUGGAGGAGAGCGAUGUCCUUCCACGGGCCCUCUCAAAGGCCACACGGGGUCUAGACAUAGCCGGGAACCUGGGCGGGCCUGAGAGGCGUGCGGAGACCUGGGCGAAGGGGGGUGUCCGUGAGGAAUUCCGUGCACAACCAGGGAGAAGCUUCUCUGAUUGUUUGAGGGGCACACCAAGCCGCUCGCCUUCUUGGCUGUGUCUGGCACGGUGGGCCGGUUUUGCCCAUUGCCGAGGCGGCUGGAUCUGGCUGUCACCGGCUCAGGGCAGUGUCCGCCAGGCAUCGGCAUCCGAUCCGUGCGCACUGGUGUGGCAGCCCCACGUAGGACCCUCCGCCGAGGAGCAGCCAGCCCUCCGGGGGCAUCCUAGCUCAGCUCUCCCCGCUCCCUCCGCCAUGCCCGUGGUGCCUCCCCAGGCACAGCCCUCUGGCCUGCCAGGGA